CACUGUCAUGUCAACCAUAUUAUGACAUGAAUCUGAAAAAUACGUAAAAAAUACAUUUCUUACAACUAAAAUUAGCGUAAGAAAAAUAUCAAUUUUAUGAAAUCAUUCAAUCUAUUUUGACAAUGGCGGACAUAAAGUUGUUAUUGAAGGAAGCUAGGAAACUUAUCGACGAAAAGAAGUACAAAGAAGCACAAGAAUGCUGCAAGGAUAUACUUCGAAAAGACAAACAGAACUACUUUGGAUUAAUACUACUUGGUAAAUCACUACAAGAUUCCGAGCAGGCACCUCUGGCUUACCAGAAAGCAAUAUCUGAGAAACCCGACCACCCACUAGCCUGGCAGGGUCUCGCUAAUUACUAUGAAGGAAAAGAUAAUAAUUCCCUAAAGCCGAAACUGUUGAAAAUCUAUGAUGAAAUGUUGAACCUCACCCUGGAAGAUGAAAAAGCUGUGGAAAUAAUAACUAAACUCGGUCAACUUGGUUGUUCUCUACAAAACAAUGAAGUUAUAAGCAUAUUGCUAAAAUACAUGGGAAAGGAACUGAAUCCAAUAUUAAUGGAUGCUGCUGAAAAGCAACUAGUUGCAAUAUUGAAAGCCAAUGUUCUUUGCAAAGAGACAGACAUAAACCAAGUAUGCAAUAUUUUAACUAAAAUUUGCACUGGGGAACCAAAUGAGUCAUUAGAAGUGCUUAAAGCACAAGUCAUUCUACAAAAACCCAAUUUUGUCUCAGCUAUUGAAGAAGUCUUAAACUUGAAAUGUUUUUCUAACAAUGUCUUGCUUCGAGAAUUGCUAUGUAAAUAUUUAUGCAAAAUAUAUGUGGAAAAAGAUUCAUUUUCAAGUUUCCCUAUCGAAACUUAUGUAGAAAAGAUUACUGAAGGAGUUGAAAACUCAAAGUACCCUGGUUUGCUAAAAAGCAUUAUUUGUUAUGAUAAGGGAUUGUACUUAGAUGCAUACAAGCAAUGUGUACCAUUGAUUAAUUACCAAGAUGCUGAUGUUACUGAAGCAACAUUCAUAAUAAAGUGCACAAUUAAACUUAAAAAAUGGUCUGUGGCUCAAAAACUUGCAAAAAACUUUCUAACCAAAGUGAAAGAUUCAACUUUUACCCAUGAAUUGCGAAAAUUCUUAUUUUUGUCUUUAGCCAAGCAACAAAAGUGGAAAGAUGCAAUCAUUACAGCUAAGCAAAUACCUUCUGAAAGCUUAAGUAAUGGUGAGCAGGCAAUACUUGCAGAAUGUUAUAUUGAAUGCAAUGAGUCUGCUGAUACAUUAAUAGAAUCAUUGCAUUCUACAGAACACUAUAUACAACUAAAAGCUCUUCUAAUGCUGAAGCAAGAAAAAUAUGGUGAAUGUGUAGCUUUACUGGAAACUGCACCAGAAACUGCACUGAAUUUAUUCUACUUAGGUAAAGCUUACUGGAAACUCAAGCAAUAUGACAAGUGCCUUAUCAAUUUGCUUAAAGCAGCUAAAAUGGAUAGUGAUCAUGCUCAAACAUUUUUAUAUUUGGGUCAUUUUUACCACCACUAUAAACAGGAUUAUGAAAAAUCUAAGAAGUGUUAUGAAAAAGCAUAUAGUCUGAACAGCAUGGAUAGCAGCAUUGCUAAGAAUUUAAGUGAAAUUUAUGCAAAAUUGUCAUUAAAAGAUGCCGAUUUUGAAUUAUUAGACACUGCACAGAAGGAUAUUAAUGAACCGUGGGUGUGCUUUAGACUUGGAUUGCAUUAUCUGAACAGAAGAGAUUGGGAAAAAGCAAUUAUUAAUUUCAGGAAUGUUAUCAAGAAUGAUCAAAACAAUAUAACUGCUUUUGAGUGCUUAGCAGAUGCUUAUUAUUCUAGGGGAUCUUUCACAUCAGCACUAAGAGCAUAUAAUAAAGUAAUGAUAUUAAACCCAGGUCAAGCUUCUCAUUGUUUGACAAGAACAGGGUACAUAUAUUCUCUCUUGACACAAUAUGAAGAUGCCAUUUCUACAUUCGAAAAAGUACUUGAUAUUGAUCCCAAUUCUCUUCUAGCAUUGAAAGGAAUCGCAGAAACAUGGAUGAGAGUUGCCAAAAAGAAAGAAUCUGCAAAAUUGUAUGGCAGUGCCAGAGAUUAUGCUCAAUAUGCAGUUAAUUAUAUCACAAAAGCCCUUUCAAAACAGAAGCAGUUGUCAUGUUUUUGGAAAUUAAUGGCUGAUACACUAAUGUUUAUCACAAAAUUGCCAAAUAAAUAUUCUUUUGUCUACAUCAAAGAUACAUUCAAUGAUUCAAACAAUGAAUUAAUUAAGAUAAAUAAACUGGAAAUAUUCCCUCAAGCUAUUGCAUGUUAUUCAUACAUUGCUAAGUUGAAACAACAAGUGGCCUCAUAUGACCUAGCCUUAGCUUACCUAGAGUACUAUCAUGAAAGCAAAAAAUUGGUUAACUGUAAUAUAUCUUUCAACCUAACAAUCAGCUGUAUCCAGGAAAAACCAUUAGCAUGGCGCAACUGGAACUUACUAGGAAAGAUAUGUCUAUUUGUACAAAAACACCAUAUUGCACAGCACUGCUUUAUUAAGGCGUUGUUAGUUACCCGAAAAUGGUCUGUUGCGAAAAUAUGGUGUAAUCUUGGAACUUUGUACUUGAAACUAAAAUUAUAUAAACUGGCAAAUUAUUGUUUCUGGCGAGGUCAAUCUACCUUACCAUCCUACCCUCAGAGUUGGAUAGGCCAAGGGUUAAUUGCAGAAGAAAUUCGCGAAGAAGAAGCCAUGGAUCUAUUCAGACAUGCAUCUCGCUUAGGCUACCAUCCAGAAAGUGCACUUGGGUAUGCAGACUGGGUUUGUCGUACAUUGAAAAACCAACGCUAUAAAGAGGACCCAGAAUCGAGAUACGUCAUUGAAGGUCUUCAUGCUAUACCAUAUGCAAUGGAUUUGAUGGAAUGGUUUUUGAAUUUUGAUCCAAAUAAUGCAUGUGCUUGUAUUAUUAUGGGAAUUUUACAAGAAAGAAGUGGUCUCCUUCAUGGGGCAUUAAGAUCUUAUGAAAAAGCACUGCAGUAUGCUGAAGAAGAUAAAAAGAAUAUUGCUCUUUUAAACAUUGGGCGGAUUAUGCUUCGGUUAGGACAUUAUGAGGAAGCAAUAAAGGCAUAUAAAGCUAUCACUGAAGCUAGUCUGAACUCUGCAAGUGGGCUUGCAUUAGCGUUAUUUAAGAAAGAUCUUUAUGAAGAGUCUUAUUCGGCAUAUGACACAGCUUUACAUUGGUUAAGUAAUGACGAUGAUGAAAAAGCAGAUCUUCUUGUUGCAAUGGCUGGCAUAGUUUACAUGUUUAAAGGCGUCGAUGACGCAAAAACUAUAUUGUUUCAUAGCAUACAGGUAUCACAGAAGAAACCUACAGCUUUCAGUUUAUUCGCGAUAUGCUCGUUGGGUCUAAUUCAUUCAGAUCAAAGUUUAUCCAAGUUGGCUCUUGGUGAAUUACAGAAAUAUGAAAAAGAUAGCAAUUUCGGUUUUGAUACUGGAUUUUUGAAAUCUUACCUACUUGUUACCCAAAACAAUGUGGAAGAAGCUAUUAAAUUGUUAAGUGACUCUCUCCAUGAUCAUCCUAAUAAUGCACUACUGUGGUACUGUAUGGCUCAAUACUGCUUGAGGGCAGCUGAUACAAGGGCAAAAAUUGCUAGUUGUUGUGCUCAAAGGGCGCUGUGCCUAGCUCACUAUAGUGAAUUUGAGUGUGACCCUGCAAAAAUGAUUGCCACUGCAAGUAUUUCUGAACAUUUGGCGGGAAAUCGCGCUAAAGCUUUAUUAUUGGCUAAACAAGGCCUUCAUAUGUAUCCCCGUCAGGCAGAAAUAUGGGCGGCUCUUCUAUUUUCACUUAUCUCUCACAAGAAAUGGAUAGAAAAAACAGAUUGGAUAGCUAGUGUAGCAGGAUAUAUGCGAAGACAGCUUGAUGUUACACGGCCCUUGAGCAGAUGGGUUGGACUUUUAGAGAAGAAAAUGCAUGUUAAGUAAUUUAUACCAUUUUUAAA